ACUUGUAACACAGACAGUAUCGUAAUAACAUGUUUGUUCAUAAGAAAAAAUGCUUGUUAAUGUGUCUGGUUGGGUAAUUUUCUCUUAUAGCGCGGAAUAGCUCAGUGUAGCAAUGGAACGCCCUGCUAGCUAGAGUCACUUGCUAGCUAGCCAUCUGCGCUUUAAUGGGCGUUCACUGCUUGGCUUAUGCCCACUUGGGGGGCCAGUGCCAGUUUGAUUUAAGAUGUCGAAAGUCUUUGAGAACAUGUUCUACACCCGGGUAUGAUCGUUUUACCCCAGCCUUGUUAAUUAACGAGGCUGGUUUAACUGAUGCGCAGUGAAAAAGCAUGCUAGCUCGCUGUAUGGAUAUCCACUGCCUGACCAAAAACUGGAACAGUCACCCGUUUUACCAGGAAACGACGUCCAGUUUCCUGGAUCUCUGAACGGCUCCGAAGCAUCAUUUCACCAACAAAACGUCUUCUAAAUGAGGAGCUCUGCACAUGCAACACCCAAAUCUAACCGAUUCUGCUCAUCCUGAACUGACUUCACUUCUAUGGGAAAGUCAAGUCUCAAGCUUUUACCAGAGAUGGUUGUAAGAAGGCAUCCAUGCAGAUUGCAGCCUGGCUACAGCAAGUGAGAACACCAGUCACCUGCCUUUCUAUUUUAGAGGAGAUACGCUGGAGUGGACUCAAAUCUAGAUCUUCCCUCAUCUCCCAAAAUACAUUAUAAGUGACCAAGUUCCAAUCUGUACAGGAAAUUAUGGUGACUAAAAAUGGUGCUUAAAUGUGGCAUCCCAGUGCAGAGUGUGCUUAAAUGGGGAGGGGGGGCUCUCUCAGAAAAUUGUAAAAGCUGACUGAAAGUCUGCUUCUGACAAUGGAUGCCAAGUUGAAAGAAGAUCUGUUUCGGAGGUAUGUGACUGCACUGGAGAAACGUCUGGAGGAGGGGGGUGAAUACACGGGGACCGGAACUACAUCGGACGGAGACCAAAGUAGACAGAAGGACAAGGAGGCCCUACUUUCCACAGCAACGGCUCUGCUUGGCGCCUACCAGCCAGAUCCUGGACAGAGGUUUCGCAUGGUGCGUUUCUAUGAGAUCGUGGAUAAUUCGCUUCACUGCCAGAGAGGAGGCAGUCUCAAGAGCCUCGAGAGAGCGUUUCACACCCUGGAAACCAUCUGCACCAAUCUCUUGCUCUUCCCUUGGAAAAAGGAGUUCAGAUGUAUAAAGACCUUCACUGGCCCAUACGUCUACCAUCUGCAAUCUGUCAUUUCUGAUGCAGAACUCCGGACUUUGAUGCGUACCAUCGGAUAUGCCUGUGAUCAUAAUUCGCAGUUCCAUUUGCAGGAGCAUCCUGGGGGCUCAAAUCAUCUACGCCAAUUAGCAUUUGAGCUCUUCUUGGCUCAGGCAGAGUGUCGUCUUCUGGGAGAGGUGGUGGCUUUGGCUCGCGGUUCAGCUUCAGAACUGGAGGCCCUGGAACUCCGCAGAGGGAGCAGAGACGAUGCGGCUGGCUGUGCCGAGGCGCUCCGUAGACGUGACAGCCUCGGGGCAGACAUGGCUCGGCUGUCUGUGCGACCGCUGGAUAUAGAAAGACCUCACGCCCAUCACUUGAGGCGAGGAAGCCGACCCUCCAAAUCUGUGGAUGUUACAGAUGGGGCUGGGCACUGGCACCCAGCUGUGAGCAAGCCGGUUUUGAAGGCCUCGCUGAGCUUAAGGAAGGAGCCUCUGUUUGUGGAUGCAGAGGAAGAUAUGAAGGACGAGAUCAUCAGGCCCAGUACCUCGGCAUCUUUUUUCUCCGUUGCAGCUCCACCUUCUUAUAGCCCCAUUGCUGACUUUUUCCCAGUUCAGUCACCUCCCCCAGCUGAUCCCUACACAUCAUACCAUCUGUCCUCAUUGGAUGAAAUCGAUUUGUAUACAGAGAGGGGGGUUGCCGGGACGGGUGGACGGCAAACUCCAUCCAGACCUUCUUCAAGAGAACCUCGAGAAGGACGGGAUGGAUGGCUGCUUAAAGCUCAUGGCGGUGUGAAGUGUCAGGGCUGUGGGCUGGGCUGCCCCUCAAUGGCCUCCUGCCAAACAUGUGACAUGAUUCUCUGCCCGUCCUGCCACGACCUGGACCCUUCCCCUUGCUGCGGCCUCCAGGACUACCACCCCAAAUCUUCCCGCCCCCUGGAUGGAUACAUCCCUGUGAAAGAAAAGCUCUCUGUAUACUCUAACACUCAGUCUCACUCCCAUCUCCAUGCACACCCUCUAACAUUAACCCACUCUCAUACCCAGCCCCACCCUCACCCCCAGAUGGUAGAGAAACCUCUGAUGUCCACCAAGCUGUUUCCGAGCAAAUCCAUCGCUUUGACAACACCCAAAGGUGGCAUCAAUGAGCGGAUUAGCAUGGGGGGACCACGCUGUGGGUUCUGCAACAAGCCAGGUGCAUCACACACCUGUGUGAAUUGCUCCAAAGUAUCAUGUGACUCAUGCAUGGGCUUGUAUGCAAACGAUAUCUGCACGCGGAAGAAUCCUCAGCACAGCUUCGUGCCUAACCAUCAGCUCAACUUCAAAUCUGGCACCAUAUCUCACCUUGUGUACCGGUAAAUCAGGCAGUCUGACAAAUCCCCCCAACCCCUUUCCCCUCAACCUGUAUUGUAGUCUUGCACUAAUGCUUUAGCUUAUUUUUCAUGCUUUAACAGUUCAUUUGCCACCUCCCCUCGAACCUGACGGUCUUUCUCUAACCCAUACGUGUGCUUCUGUAGGGCUGUGGAAUGCAUAUACUACAGAGAGCCACCUUGUCUGCCCAUCGCUCUGCCUUGUACAACUUCUGGCCUUUUAAAGAUUUAUGUUUUGUUUUUCCCCCUGCUACCUGCUUCUGAGUGCUUAUGUGAUGUUUUAGUGCUUUCUAGUGUCCUUUGAUUUGAUCCCGCUUUGAAAAGAAAAAAAAAAGUUGAAGAAUUUCAUGUCAUUUUUGAAUGAAAUCUAUCUAUCUGAACAUAGUCAGAAAUCCAUUUUAAGAAAAUAAGCACUGGGAGUCUAUAAUUCAAUAGUAUAUAUUUUUAGUCUCCAUUCUCAAGCUUAAAGCAAGACUGUUAAAUGGUCCUGAGAUUGGUCAUUAGGAUGACUUGAGUGCACAUCUUAUUUAUGUGAGUGUAGGACGGAUUAUGAAGGGACCCGCUGGGACAAUGGUCAGAUAUCACAUGUCCUUUUGAAGGGAAAUCAUGCCUUGUAAAAUGAACAAUGAACUGAGGUUUAAAUGCUGCUUUUGACUUGAUGUUCAAGAGACGUAGCGUUGAUAUCUUUCUUACAGUUGUAUCACCCCCCUCCCCCUGUUUUUUUUUGCCUACACUCAAUGAGCCUCCAUGUUUUUUCGGUGUGGAUAUGGCCCAUCAGCAGAUCAGUGGUUUCCUGUAUUCCUGUUCUUUGUGGGGUCACAGAUAGUUUAAUGUUGAUCUAAAAAUGGAGCAUCUACAGGAAUGCGUGAGCCGUUUUGAUUGGUUUUAGAAUGAAUGAAAAUUAGACCCUAACACGGUUUAUGUCUACCUCAUGUGACAUCAUCAGCUUAAAGGUGUAGUUUGAAUUUAUCUGAAUCAACCAGCCCUUAAAAGUUCAAGAAGAAAAUACUUUUUCUGCCAUUGAAAGCCUAUGACAAAUACUUUUAGGUGAAACAAUCACUUUUAGAUGUUUAUUUUGUGAAGUCAUUUUUCCACUCCAAUCAUCCAAUAGGUGUUUUGCAUCGAAACCGCUUACAGUUUCUGUAUUGUUGGGAUGGCACAUCCAAAAAUCUGUGAAAUAAGUGAGUUAAAAUCAACUUUAAAAAACAUUUUUUAAAUAUCUUUUUUUUUUAUUGAACUGGAUUUCAUUACUGUAGGUUGUUUUGUUUUUGUCCCUUUGACAAAAGUCAGACACCACUUGUCGCACUGCAGUUAAGUCUUAACACUGACAAAGGCACAAAGCUGUUACUGUUGAUGAUAUAUUUUAAGACACUGGAAUCUUUGUAUCACUGAAAUCUAUUUGUGGAAAGGUAUAUAUAAAUAUAUAUGAAGAACCUCUGUUGAAAAGGCUGCCCAUUCAAAAUUAACAUGAAUUUGUUCAUUUAACAGGAGAGCUAUUUUAUAUUUCAUUUGAUGGUCAGCAAGGGCUAACUUCAAAUGACAUCUCAUUACCAAAAUCCAUCUUCUGUUACCGCUUUGUCCUGUGCGGGGUCAUGUGGGUUGCUGGAGCCUAUCCCAGCUACCAUAGUUCAAAAGGGAUACACCCUGGACAGGUUGGAAGUCCAUCAUUACCAAAAAUGUUUAAAAGAAAUAAGAAAGGUUUAUUUUGACAGACAACGUGGUCUACCUUUGCCAUGUUCUGUCGGGCAGGAAUAACCUCCAAAUGCCUUAAGCUUGUUAAGCUCUCGCAUAGCAUUUUAUUGUAUAAUUUUAGUUUUAUUUGUUUCUGUCAUGCCAUCCCCUUGACUGUUUUACCAGCCUGUAGCUUCAACAUGUGUUCACCAGAGAAAUAACUGAAAAAGAAAUCAAAGUGAUUUUAAACGUAUAAUUAUAGCUGAGUUUAGGAUAGAGCACAGCUACCGUUUGUAAUGAUUAAAGGAUGAAGCAGUUUACAUGCCCAAAAGUGCACUAAAUAAUUGUCGGAAUUGUUUUACAUUCAUUUUUCUUUUAAGAUGUGACCUGGACUGACGUGAAUUUUAUCUCUGUUGCCCCACUUCAAAUCUGGAAUUCUGCAGCUUCACUAUUGGCUAAAAACUACAGGCAGAAAUAUUUGAUUCUGUCUCUAAUGCAGCCCUCUGUAUACGUUUACUUUUCUGAGUGACUGACUCUUACUCCGAUGCCCCAGUCGAAGGCUGCAACAACUUUAACCUAAACUUUUUCCAUAAGUACCUUUUGGUUUGUCCUUUGUCUUGAACAGCCUCAGUGUUGCAUCUUUGGUCCAGUUUCUCAUUUUUAGCAUGUUUUAUUAAAAAAACAAGAAAGCAGUUGUUGAUAUUCAGCCACUUUGUUUUAAUUCUCUGAGAUUUUUUUGAGCCUUGUGACAAAACAAACUAAGCUAACAAGCUAAUUGGGGUGUCAACAUUUUUAGGGAGCUAUUGGGAGACGUGCAAUUGUUGAUUUUCACAAAAUCUUUCUAAAUAUUUUGAUGAUAUAUCAUAGAUGUAUUUUUGUUGCUCUCUUGGCAAAUCAUACCAGCAACAAAGUUGACUUCCAUGUAGUAUGAUGUAUUGAGCCAUGUUGCAAGAGUUACUAUAUUGCCAAAUGAAGAACAACUAUCUGGAUGUACAAUUCAUGUAAUAUAAAUCUGUGAUGAUGCGAACAGUUUAGCCUCGUGUUUGUUGAUGUUGGCCUCUUCAGAAAGCCUUGAAAGAAAAAACCCAUCCCACAUACAGCUCUCUAACGAUUGGUUGGGAACUUUGAAGCAGCCGCCUGGAAAUGUGUUAAGUUACAACAAAGGGCUAAAAUAGUCUUGAGGGCUGCUCUUUCGUUUGUGGGCGCUGCUUUUACAUGCAGACAAUAGACAUGUUUUCGUGUGUGGACGAAACACUAAAUCGAAUGGUUGUCGACAGCAUACAGCGAGCCAUGUUCGAACUCCCACCUGAAGCACUCACAUUAUUGUGGAAGCCAGUUCUCCCUCUAGUUCUUAGUGUGGUUCUUGAUAUUAAAAGUGGUGGUGUAGCUAGGCAGCCUCGUUACCAUACCCCAUUUCUGUAACCUUUUCUUUUGGCAUGAUCUGUACAAGGCCCAUACCCACAUCCUGAACUUCUACCUAACUUGGCCCUGAGGACCAUCGCACAAUGUGUAUGUGAAGGGGUAUCAACCUCAUUUUUUUUCAAUAUGUGGUCAUAUAUGGGGGGGUGGGCAGAGAAAAUUCAUAAACUUGUUAAUUGAUAAAGAGAUAUGUAUAUUUAACUGAUAUUAUAAAGUACUUGGCAAAAGUCAGUCACCCUUCACUUCUUACAUGUUGCUUCCGAGGAGCCAGAUUUUUAUGCCUGUAAUCUUUUAAAAUGCACUAUUGCAGUUGUUCUUGCUUUCUGAAGGACUGCAUUUUUUUUUGACAUUUUAUCUGUCCUCCUUCAAUCCAUUUCUUGUACUCGAUCAUUUUAAAACAGUGUAAAAGUGGUUCUAUUCCCGGUUUUCUAGUUUUUAACUAUUUAAAGCUGGUUCGCCCAAGUUAAUUUAUCACGAGAACGCAGAAGAAGUUAUUCUGAAAUGGUCAGGAAGAAGAAGUGGAUUGAAAACUAGAGUCGGGACAAACUUGGAAAGCCUUUCGGAGAGCCAGGAAACUACUUAAAAGAUUUAGGUGAAGCAGGAUACAGCGGAAGCAAAAAACAGCAUAAGAAAUAGGAGUGCCUAUGACUUUUGCACAGUACGGACACACAAAGAGAUUGAAUGAAAACAGAUGUAAAUGAGAUUUUAUAAAAUAAUUUAGAAAAUAAAAUGCUAAAAAAAGUUG